AUGGCGGAACUUAGUAAAGAGGUUGAGGAAUAUGACGACUUCUUGAUGUUGGAUAUUGUUGAGGAGUAUAGUAAGCUUCCAUACAAAACGUUGGCAUUUUUCAAAGCUGCGUAUGCACUCUACGAUUCUGAGUUUUAUGUUAAAGCUGAUGAUGACAUAUAUCUAAGACCAGAUCGGCUCUCGCUGCUCCUGGCUAAAGAACGUACUCACUCACAGACUUAUCUUGGAUGCAUGAAGAAAGGUCCUGUGUUCACUGACCCUAAACUCAAAUGGUAGUCUUACAAAGCUUCUCAUGUGCGUGGAAA